GCGAGAGCACAAACGCAUGCACAGAGGCACUGUCGAAGCUGUGAGUGCUGCUUCUGCUGGUUUCUUCGUUCUCAGUAGACUUCCAGUUCUCGUUGCCGCGAGGGCUUGUAGAGGAACACAGGGUGGGUGUUGGAUGCCGGCGUCUCGUAGUGGUUGUGUGGGAGCGACACCUGACGACGAUAACAACGACGAUGGUGAACGUUAUCUCGGAUCUCGAAACAAUAAAAAAUCCAAGACGAGCAGCAGCAACUGUGCCGCGUCACAUAAACUCCUUUACACUCGUGUCAGCAUACAAGUGUAUGCUCACGACAGCCAUUUAAACGACUCGGGGAGUCUCAACGACAAGAGUUUGCGGAGCAAGGAGGACGGAUGCGCGACGUGGGGGCCGAGGAACUAGAUGCGAUCACGGUGACGCGAAGCGGAUCGAUAGGG